CUUCUCGUUUUAGAACAACCAGUUGCAAAAGCUCCAACUCCAUCUACUAGCUUGCCCGCAAUAUCAUCGGGUGAGAGUUUGUUUAGUAAUAUUACAGCUACUACUUCUACACCAUCUCUAACUCCAGCUUCCACAUCAUUACUUGGUACAGCACCAACAACCUCUACUUCUGCUUUGACCUCAGGAACUGCAGCAACACCUCUGGCCACCCUUACAACUGCUACUAGCACUAGCGCAUCUACAUUAGCAGCAACUGCAGCAGUUACAACCCCUACCCUGAGCGUUCAUGGCUUGGAGGAAAAGGUGAAUAAAUGGGUAGCUGAGAUAAGGGAACAAGAAGAACGUCUCAUGAGACAAGCAGCUCAUGUCAACUCGUGGGAUCAACUUCUACAACAAGGUCAUGACCAAGUACAGCAGCUACGCGAUACUUUGAACAAGGUUAAGAUGGAUCAGCAAAGCCUCCAAGCAGAACUAGACUUCAUUCAAGGACAGCAACAAGAACUAGAGCAGUUAAUAGAACCUCUUGAGGCAGCCGUUGCCUCCACAACUCCAGCACAGCACCAGGGUGAUAGGCAGCGUGAUAAUAUGCAUCAUCUUGCACAGAAUCUUGAUGCGCAGUUACAUCAGAUGACAGAUGACUUGUGUAAGGUAAUUGAACACUUGAACAGCAAUAAUGUUGGCUCACAAGCAACUGACCCUGUAAACACUGUUGCUCGUGUACUUUCUGCUCAUAUGGACACUUUGAAAUGGGUUGAUCAGAAUUCGGCUUUGUUGACCCAAAAGAUUGAGGAUCUUUCCCGGGCUGCAGACUCAAAACGGAGAGAUUAAAAUCUCGCAGUUUUACUGUAGGUGCAUUGUUUUUUGACAUUGGAAAUGCCAGCUAUAGUUAGCACAGAUUUUUCUUGUAAAAUUUGGUUUUAAAGCCAAUCUUUUAUACAAGCAUAGAUUUUUAAAAUUUUAAAGUCAAUGUUUUAUGCAAACUGAAAUUGUUUACUUUUGCUUCUUUAUUUAUAAUAUUCUAGCUUUUAUGGUUAUGUACUAUAGAUUUCUGUUUGAUGUUUCUCUUGUGAAAAGCUGGUCAAAUUAAAAGUGUAGAUAAUUAUUAUUUUAUGGGCUUUAAUUUCUACAACCUCUAUAUUAAGAAAAGCUGUCUUUAGAUAUCUCUAAAUAAAUUAUAUCUUAUUAGUGUACAGUAUAAUAAUUUUUUUUUAGUUAGUGUAGAUUUUGGGUAUUUCAAAGUGAAAUAUAUUUGUUUGUUUAUUACAAUACUAUUCAUCAUAAGAUGCUCCAUUUUAGUGAAGGAAAUCCCAGUUGCACAACCAUGUUUGCAAGGAAGAAAGUUCAGACUGCGCAUGCUGGACCAUCCUUCUGAUGUAUUUAGCAGUCUUCAUUUCAUUAUACAGGCAGUCCUUGGUUAGUGGCGAUCCGAUUUUAUGGCGCUUGUUUAGCGCCGAAAUUCAGUGAUAACGUCGAAAUGCGGCGAUACAUAUCUAACAAAGGUGCCAUUAACCAGUUUAUCAGUACCGAUAUGCACCAAAAAUUACAGAUUUUCAGUUAUUGGCAAUUUUUCGUUUUCUCAUCAAGCCGUCAGAAAAGAACUUGUGCUAAUAACUGGGGACUGCCUAUAUUGUUUUGUAGAGUUAUUAUGUGUAUGUUACUCUUCCAUUUCAUCAGUGUUUUAGCACUGAUGGAACAGAGUCAACCUUUUUCUUGUUUCUUCAUUUCAUUUUCCAUUUCUUAUGCUCUAGUAAUAUUUUAUGAGUUUUGGGGUUAUGGUAGUGUAAUUCACAACUUAUUCAUCUCAUUUUACAAAUUUUUUUGUGAGUUACUUUAUUUAGCUUUGAGGUUUUUGUUCUUGGUUUUCUGGAAAUUAUUUUCUAAGGUAAGAUAAGUAAGUCAUUAUUUUGAUUCAAGUAAUUGGUCUACUCCCAUUAUCAAGUUUGAUAUUAAUUGUUUAAUUUUGUAAGUGGUUUCAGAAGCUUGUAUUGUCACAAUGCAUAAAACAAACAGCUGAGGAAAGAAACGGUGACUGUAGUGUUCAUAUACUGUACUGUACAAUAAAAAUUUGUUAAAAGUUGAAUGUAAUAUGGGUCAUCUCAUUUUGAUACAGUGAGAUGUAUUUUUGGUAUACUAUGCUACAUAAUGAUUCAAAACCAAAUUCACAGGUGUUGGUUUUGAUACUGCUAAACACAAUAAAAAUGUAAUAAAAAGAAAUGAACUUGAGUAAAAAUAAUAACACAUGGA